ACUUCUGGCCUUGGAGCCAGUAUUUCAAGCAGCUUUCCGUAAAAUAAUGAAAAAUCCAAGAGAUUCUGGCGGAUCCCAGAUUUUCAAUAUUCAUUGCCUGAUUUAAUUCUUGAAGUUGGGACAUGAAAAUCUGCCACGAUGCCUGUUGUCAGUCCCGAGAAGCUCGCCAAGUUGCAACAGCACGCGGACGAUGUCCGAAACAUCUGCAUCCUCGCUCAUGUUGAUCAUGGAAAGACUUCCCUGACGGAUGCUCUACUUGCGACAAAUGGUAUCAUCUCUCCGAAGCUGGCCGGGAAGAUCCGGUAUCUGGACUCCCGGCCGGAUGAGCAACUUAGGGGCAUCACUAUGGAGUCCUCGGCCAUUUCUCUCUUCUUCUCUAUGCUGCGGCGACCCAGCCCUGAGGCUGCCCCUGAAGUAAAGGAGUACCUCAUCAACCUUAUAGACUCACCGGGACAUAUUGACUUCAGCAGCGAAGUCUCGACCGCUUCUCGGCUAUGUGAUGGAGCCGUCGUCGUGGUUGACGCCGUCGAGGGAGUUUGCAGUCAGACUGUCACUGUCCUCCGACAAACCUGGAUUGAGAAGCUCAAGCCGCUCUUGGUUAUCAACAAGAUGGACCGUCUGAUCACCGAGCUAAAGAUGACGCCCGGAGAGGCUUACAUCCAUCUUAGCAGACUUCUGGAGCAGGUCAACGCUGUGCUCGGGAGUUUCUUCCAGGGCGAGCGCAUGGAGGAGGACCUCAACUGGCGCGAGAGGAUGGAGGAGAGGGUUGCAGCCUCUGCCCCGAAGGGGGCCAAACUUGCUGAUCAACAGAGCGAGUCCGGCGACCUACAGUUCGAAGAAAGGGACGAUGAAGAGCUGUACUUUGCACCCGAGAAGAACAACGUCAUCUUUGGCAGCGCUAUUGAUGGCUGGGCUUUUACCGUCAGACAAUUUGCCGGCUUGUACGAAAAGAAGUUGGGGAUCAAGCGAAGUGUCCUGGAGAAAGUGCUGUGGGGGAAUUUCUACUUCGACCCGAAGACCAAGAAGGUCCUGGGUCCACAACAUCUCAAGGGAAGGGCUUUAAAGCCCAUCUUCGUCCAGCUUGUCCUUGAGCAAAUAUGGGCGGCCUACCAAGCGACGAUGGGCGGAGACAACGGAAGGGGAGAUCCAACGCUCCUCGAGAAGAUCACCAAAUCGCUCAACAUUACCCUAGCCCCACACAUUCUACGAUCCCGCGACCCGAGAUUACUCCUCACUACAGUCUUCGCCUCGUGGCUCCCUCUUUCCACCGCGCUACUGGUCUCAGUAAUCGAGUCUCUUCCGUCUCCGAGGGCAGCACAGGCAGAACGAAUGCCGGAACUCCUCGAGAACAUUCCAGCGGCAGAACACAUCGACCCCAGGGUGAAGGAUGCUAUGGUGUCAUUUAAGCAAGACAAGGAUGCUCCCGUGGUUGUAUACGUCAGCAAGAUGGUCUCCAUGCCCAAGAGCGAGCUCCCAGAACACAGGAGGCGCGGCGCCCUCAGUCCAGAGGAGGCUCGAGAACUUGGGCGCAAGAAGCGCGCCGAAGCAGCCCGUGCUCAGGCUGCCUUGGAAGAUGGUACCGGGGAGAAUAGUCUGACACAAGCCCUCGAAGGCGCCACCUUGGAGAAUGAAGGACCAGGAGACGAGGAGAAGGUCAACCCCGAAGUUUUGAUAGGGUUCGCCCGCAUAUAUUCUGGGACGCUGGCUGUCGGUGACUCGGUCUAUGCCCUACCGCCGAAAUUCUCUCCUGCUCACCCCCACGCCUCCCCCGAACCACGGAAAGUCACCAUCACGGCUCUCUACAUGCUGAUGGGACGCAAUCUUGAGUCCCUUGACUCGGUUCCCGCCGGUGUCGUCUUCGGUGUCAGAGGCCUUGAGGGGAGCGGGCUUCUGAAGUCUGGAACGCUCUGCAGUCAACUCGAGGGCGCCGCAAACCUUGCUGGCAUCGCAAAUCUGGGCGGGCGCCCAAUUGUGCGAGUAGCGUUGGAGCCCGAGAACCCGUCGGACCUUGACAAGAUGAUCAAGGGUCUUCACCUCCUGGUACACAGCGAUCCCUGUGCAGAGUAUGAGCAGUUCUCCAGCGGUGAGCACGUGCUGCUCACAGCGGGAGAGCUGCAUCUCGAACGAUGCCUCACGGACCUCAAAGAGCGUUUUGCACGCUGUGAGAUCCAGGCUGGCGAGCCUAUCGUGCCUUACCGGGAAACAAUUGUCCGGGAUGAAGAGAUGCGGCCUCCUGCAAAUAAGGAGUUGGGCCGCGGAGUGGUGAUUGGAGAGACCAAUUCCAAGCAAGUCACCGUAACCAUCCGCGUCAGGCCGUUACCCGCAGACGUCACAGAUUUCCUGCUUAAACAUUCCGGCUCGAUCAAGAUGCUGUCCUCUGAUAAGAACACAGCGGGCGAAGAGACGAAUGGACAGAACGGGCUCAAGGACGAGACGCUGGUAGCCGACACUGAGAUACCCGAGACCCAGCUCCUGUCAUCCGAAGAGCUUAAGAAACAACUUCGGUCCCAGCUAGAGACGGGGAAGGGUCGAGAAGUCUGGAAGGACGUUGUCGACCAGAUUACUUCGUUUGGGCCGAGACGGACAGGCCCGAACUUGCUCAUCGACGCCACCAAGGAGCAAUGUUUUGCAAAGGCCUUUGCGAACGAGAAGACCCGUGACGCCGCCCCGUCCGCGGGCGAGGCCCUUCAGGCCGGCCAUUUCUGCGACAAGAUCACGUACGGCUUCCAGCUGGCAACGAGCCAGGGCCCCCUCUGCUACGAGCCCGUGCAGGGACUCGCCGUCUUCGUGGAUGAGGUCGCCAUCUCCGCCGCCGAGGACGAGACGGCCUCCGCCCGAGACAGGGUUGGCCGCCUCACCGGCGAAGUGAUCAAGGUGGUGCAGCAAUCGAUACACAAGGGCUUCCUGGACUGGUCGCCCCGGCUGAUGCUCGCCAUGUACUCGUGCGAGAUCCAAGCAAGCACCGAAGUCCUCGGCCGGGUCUACGACGUCCUGACGCGACGGCGCGGGCGCGUGCUCUCGGAGGCGAUGAAGGAGGGCACGCCCUUCUUCACGAUCCAGUCGCUGCUGCCGGCGGCCGAGUCGUUCGGGUUCGCCGACGAGAUGCGCAAGCGCACGAGCGGCGCGGCGCAGCCGCAGCUCAUCUUCGCCGGCUUCGAGGUCCUCGCCGAGGACCCCUUCUGGGUGCCCUUCACCGAGGACGACCUCGAGGACCUCGGCGAGUUCGGCGACCGCGAGAACGUCGCAAAGAGGUACAUGGACGGCGUGCGCAGGCGCAAGGGCCUGCUCGUCGAGGGGCGCAAGGUCGCGAGGGAUGCGGAGAAGCAGAAGACGCUCAAGAGGUGAGGGAGGUUUGGGAG